AUGGUUACGAAUUUGAAUGACGUCGCACCUCCGCGUGUGCAGGCGCACGCGCUCGAGAGCCGCCUACGUGGCAAAUCCCUGAAAAUUCGCCAGUCGCCACAACCCGGUCCCGUUAAACAACUCCUCCUGGGUCAAGCCAACCACCCAGGCCUGCAGCCCAGACGCUUGCAGCGCAAGCACAAGCGCCCCCAAGGGGCGCAGAAUGGAACCCUCCGAGCUGUAGGCCAAAGGCUUCUCAAAACAGCCACACUGAAAAACGGCUUCCUUGCAAAGUGUCUUCCGGCGCCGAAAAUUCGACCAGACAACAAGUUAGAUGUCAACCAACCCAAUAAAAAGACAUCAAAUUACAGAUAA